CUUCUCUUAAAGCUCGCAAAUAAACUGAAAAAAUAAAUAAAUAGAGAAAAAAAUGAACUUCAGACUCCAGAAGUCACAGUGCGCCGCCGUCUCCGCGGCGGUGCACCGCCUCUCCCCGUCAAAACCACUUCAAUACCUCCGAUAUAAUCUACUACACGAAGGUCCGGAUACGAUCGACGAGCUCCUCGACAGACACCUCGCGAAGAACGAUAAGAAGGUCUUCGACGACGACGACGACGAGAACGAGUCUCUGACUCGGCGGCGACUCACCAGCACUCGGCGGGAGGCCCUGAGUCUAUACAGGGACAUCAUUCGGGCCACGCGGUUCUUCACGUGGCCCGAUUCGCGAGGCGUGCUUUGGCGCGACGUCUUGAGGGAAAACGCUCGGAAGGAGUUCGAGGAGGCCCGAUUCGAGAAGGAUCCGGAAGUUGUGACCCGGCUGUUGAUCGGAGGACGUGAUGCGGUCCAGACUGCGAUCGAUAAGCUCGUGGAGAAGCAGAAGCAGGAGGUUGAGAAAGGGAAGAGCGAUUUCCAUUAACCCUAAUUUGUAGGUAAAUUUAAUUGUCUGUAAUUUUUUUGACCUAGAAUAUGGGGGAAAUGGUGAAUCGCUUAUCCCUGUUCAAUCUUGAGACAGCAUUUUUUAAUUUGGGUUCCUAAUUUACAUUAGAAACUCAUUUUAGUGUGUCUCCUGUGAACGAUUGAACUUAAUUUGGGGUUACGAGAUAUGGUUUGUGGGUAUGGAAUCUACUGUGUUCUUGAGACUGGCAAUGGUGAUUUAUCAUUGCUUGGUUCAAUUGAGUUUUUGCUCUCUUUCAUUAAAUCAUUGGGGGAAAAGCUUAGGACAAGAUUGAUUUUGGGCUUGCAUUAAUGUUGCAAUUUUGCAGAAUGGAAUAAUGGACAUUCUCA